AUGACUAUCAUCGCCAUCAACCUGCAUAAGCUUCGAUCUGGAGGUACUGCUUAUAUGUACUACAUCAGCAGCUUGACAGAAUGCCAUCCCGCCAAUGGCAAGGUUCUCAGCGAGCUAAAUGACCUGGCCACCAUCAAGCAAACAACGACAAGCGGCAUCCGACACUUGGAGAUCAAGCUGGGCAUGCAAUGUCGGGAACGCAACAUCUCGAAUAGAAGAGUUCAUCAGACACUCGGCCAUUACUGGGAUUUGAGUAACGAGUGGUUCUUGGGAAAGCCAAUCCCGAACGCUUCAGCCUCUUAG